AUGGCUCGUCUUGCUCUUCAAUUAUGUUUGUUGGUCAAUAUUUUGGUUAUGGUGACCAGUCUUUUUAUGUCAACGAAACUUAAAGCACCCACUACAUACGAGAUGAAACAAAAAUUACUUACAGUCGGCACUUCGUCAUACACGAUCAAGGACAAGCAAGGUACACCACUUUAUAAGAUUGGUUUCAAAACAAUUGGUCUUGGUAAACACUUGCAACUAACAGAUUAUAAUACAGGCAAAGAAUACUAUGCAAUUAAACAUAUUCUCAAUCCACUGGGUCUUGCUAAAUACGAGAUUCGACAAAACGAUCGAGUCAUCGCCGAUGUUAAACGUAAAGUGAAAUUACUAGGAUUAGGCACAAAAUUCACAGUAACAUCGAAAUUGGGUACAUACAAAAUUAAUGGAAAAUUUCGAUCACGUGAUUUCAAAAUUAAAAAAGAUGCUCAACUAGUUGCUACAAUUUCAAAGAAAUUCUUCCACGUUCAUGACACAUACGGCAUCAAAAUUGAAAAUGGUCAAGAUGUUCCAUUCAUUCUCUCUUUAGCCGUCGUACUCGAUGAAGUCUUACAUGACUAG